UAAAUGUUCAUGUUCCAGAAUUGAAUAAAAUCCAGUUUGGCGAUGAUAAUAAAUCUGAAGCCCCAAAGCCUUUACCUUGGUAUCCGGAUGAAUUUGGAUGGCAACAUUCCGCACCAAGGAGUACAAUUAAAAAAAGUCCUGCAUUUCAAAAUUUUCAUAAAUGGCUAGUUGCAGAAACUGAAGUGGGAAAUAUUAGUCGCCAGGAGACAGUUAGUAUGAUACCACCUUUGCUAUUAGAUGUUAAACCUGGUCACUGGGUGCUUGAUAUGUGCGCAGCUCCAGGGUCAAAAACUGUACAAAUAUUAGAAGCGGUGCAUGCAAAUGACUUACAAGAUAAGACAAUUCCUUCUGGUCUCGUCAUUGCAAAUGAUGCUGACCUAAAACGAAGUUGUAUGCUUGUACAUCAAGCUAAACGGUUAAAAAGCCCAUGUUUAAUAGUAACUAAUCAUGAUGCAGCACAAUUUCCUGGUGUAUACGUUAAGCAGGGUCUAACCGAGGAAAAAAAGCCAAUACAGUUUGAUCGCAUCUUAGCAGAUGUUCCAUGCAGCGGUGAUGGAACUCUGAGAAAAAAUUUCUUGAUUUGGAAAAAUUGGGGUAUAGGAAGUGCCGUUGGACUUCAUUA